AUGACGACCCUGACAAAUAUUUGUCUCAUGGCUGCUAUUGCUGUCCUGUCAUGUGACGCAGCUUCGAUCCCACUUUAUUUGCGCAGAUCCCGUUUAAAUGAUGUAAGACAAACCGAUACUGUUGUCGUAGCUGUCGAAACAACUGCCGCUCCAGAGGCAGAAACGACUGCCGCUACAGCCGUAGAAACCACUGCCGCUACAGCCGUAGAAACCACUGCCGGUUCAGCCGUGGAAACCACUGCCGGUUCAGCCGUGGAAACCACUGCCGCUUCAGCCGUGGAAACCACUGCCGGUUCAGCCGUGGAAACCACUGCCGCUUCAGCCGUAGAAACCACUGCUGCUUCAGCCGUGGAAACCACUGCCGCUUCAGCCGUGGAAACCACUGCCGGUUCAGCCGAAGAAACCACUGCCGCUUCAGCCGUGGAAACCACUGCCGGUUCAGCUGCCGAAACUACUGCCGCUUUAGGCGUAGAAACUACUGCCGGUUCAACUGCAGAAAUUACGGCCGCUUCAGCUGUAGAAACUACUGCCGCCGUAGAAACCACUGCCGUUUCUGCCGUAGAAACCAGUGCUGCUUCAGCCGUAGAAACCACUGCCGCUUCAGCCGUGGAAACCACUGCCGCUACAGCCGUGGAAACCACUGCUGGUUCUGCCGUAGAAACCACUGCCGGUUCUGCCGUGGAAACCACUGCUGCUUCAGCCGCAGAAACCACUGCCAGUUCAGCCGUAGAAACCACUGCUGCUUCAGCCGCAGAAACCACUGCUGCCUCAGCCGCAGAAACCACUGCUGCUUCAGCCGUAGAAACCACUGCCGCUUCAGCGGAAGAAACUACUCCUGUGCGCUAA